AUGCCCCGGCAGCUGUUUUAUUCCGCGGUGCUGCUCCUCUGCGUGCUGUCGAUGUGCGGCAGCGGCAGCGGGGCUGCGGAAGCUAAAGAUAUUAAGCCAGAGGCUGCAGCGAAGACGCCGUCGACAGUUGAGCUGUUCAAAAGAGGCAACACGCCCAGUGGAGCUGCAGGUUUGUCUGGUCUGACUGCUGGGAGGAAAGUGUAUGCAUUCACUGGCCACUCCCUUGUGGGUGCGAAGGGGGUGGUGGUUGCCCUCGCCAAGGCACGCUACGGCCCUUCUCUCAUGUCAGGCGCUGGCAUUUGGGCGACGUGCAUCAGCCCCAAAGGGGAUGGAAAUAGUUGUGGCUGCACAUCAGUGCCUGCUGUUGCUACGGGAGAUGGAUGCCAGUGGACGAAGGUGGUGCCUGACGGCACUAAGGCCGUUAACCCUCUUGGCUACCUCUACGGCCCCAAGGCGGUUGUGAAGGACGAUAAAAUACUGCUGCUGCUGAUGAGCUACAAGGGAUUGCAGGGUCGUCGUAAUAAACGAUCACCAACACCAUCAUCACCACGAGGACCACCAUCAUCACAAUCACAGCCACCUACAGCUUGGGAGGUUGCGUUGUAUGAGGCUACAGUAGCCGACUCCAGCGGAACCAAAUCACUAACGUGGACCAAAUCCACACAAUCCACAGAGUCAACUUCGAAAGAUCCCUCACACCUGAAGACCGUCUUCACCGCGGCGAUGAAGACACACAAGUGGAGGUCCUUCGUGGAUAAUGCCGGGAGGGGCGUGGUGGACAAAAGCAAGAAGGUUGUGUUCCCUCUGGUGGCGGUGAGCUCCGAAAGCGGCGCGCAUGUCUGCACAGUUCUCUACUCGACCAACGGAGGGAGUGCAGCGAGUCGGGCUUGGAAGUUCCCUUCGAGCGGUGCGGUGGCUGAGGGCUGCGUCGCUGCCACUCUCCUCGAGUGGGGCGGGAAGCUCCUUAUGAUUGCCACGGAUGAGCUUCAGCGCUACCGGCUGUACGAAUCCGGUGGCGCGGAGGCGGCGUGGAAGGAGGUGACCGGGUCGCACGCGUACCUGCUGGGCGAUUUCCUCAAAGGCGUUGAGCGCGGCGAGGGAGACGACUUCAUAACGGCAACCAUCGACGGCGCGGAGGUGGUGCUGUUUUCCCGGCAGUGGCACAGUUACGACGACGAGACAAAAACCAUUGGGAGCGUGCUGCAGCUUUGGAUGACCGACAACAAGCGCAUGCACCCUGUGGGCCCGAUCGCCACGGACCCGCUGCAGAGCCACGAGUUCAGCGCCCUGCUGUACGCAAAGGACGAUAACAAGUUGUUUGCCGUGUACGAGAGAAGAGACAACACGUCGAGCGGCCUUAUUUUUGCGCCCCUCACCGAGCAGCUGCAGCGGGUCAAGGAUGUGCUGGGUGCUUGGAAGAAGGCGGACGCAAAAGUCGCAGCGCUUUGCGGCGCCGCCACGACGGCUGGGGAGCCUGCCCAGUCGGGGGCUGCCUGCAACCCUCCGGUGCCCACGGACGGGUUGGUUGGCUUUUUGUCCGACGCUGGGAAUGCCACCCAAUGGGCCGACGACUACCUUUGGAUGAACGCCACGGUGAGGGAAGCGACGAAGAUUGCCAACGGCUUUAACCUGACGGGGCCCGCGUCACGGAUUGUGUGGCCGGUGGUUGAGCAGGCGGGGGCGCCGGCGUACAGCUUCGCUGGGCGUGGGCUCACCGUGGUGGCGACGGCGACGAUCCGUCGCGCCCCCACGAGCGCCACCACGUUGCUGGGCGUGGGGGUGAGCGUGGGCCGGCACGUGCUGGAGCUGAGCCUGAGCUACGACGAGGGGAAGCGCUGGCGGACGGGCGGCAGGGGAGGCGCGAGUACGGCAGCUCUGCCGUGGAUGGAGGGGGCGACGUACCAGGUGGCACUGACGGUCCGGGACGUCAGCGGCAGCGCCUACGUUGACGGCGAGAUGGUGGGGUCGCUGGGGGGCAAUUCCGUGCCUGCGUCGGGCCCCAGCAGCACGACAGACGCGGGCGAUGGGGCGGUGACCGAAGAAAUGCUGCUGCCGCUGCAGGGUGAUUUGUCGUACGUUUUCUUUGGGGGCAACGAAGGCCGGUGCGGGGGGUGCGAGGGAACGAAGUGA